AGGGUGCACGCUCAUGCAAAUUAUUCAGUCUUUUGUGUCAAGCCUGAACAAACAAGAGCAAUCAUGGUUGAGUGGACUCAGCAGGAGCGUACCAUCAUCACCAGCAUCUUCUCCAACUUGGACUAUGAAGAAAUCGGUGCCAAGGCCCUGAGCAGGUGUCUGAUCGUCUACCCCUGGACUCAGAGGUACUUCGGUGCCUAUGGUGAUCUGUCCACCAAUGAGGCCAUCAAGGGCAACCCCAAAAUUGCGGCCCAUGGAGUCAAGGUGCUGCACGGUCUGGACAGGGCUGUGAAGAACAUGGACAACAUCAAGGCCGCCUAUUCCGAGCUCAGUGUCCUGCACUCUGAGAAACUGCACGUCGACCCCGACAACUUCAAGAUCUUCUCUGACUGCCUGACCAUCACCAUCGCCGCCAAGCUCGGAGAUGCCUUCACCGCCGACACCCAGUGCGCCUUCCAGAAGUUCCUGGCCGUCGUGGUGUCCGCUCUGGGAAGACAGUACCACUAGAUCCAGCAACCCUCCCACUCACACAACUGGACACCCCAAAAAGAAAUAACGUCUGUUUUACAUGUCGUUUAUUCCUUUAAUGAAGAAAUAAAGGCCAAAUGAAGCAAACGUCA